AUUCCGACCUGCAGGAAAACAGAUGUUAAAGAAGGAAAGCAUAGUUGAUAUGUCACAGAAGAUACGACUUGGGAUUUUAGGGUACUUUUGUUGACAGAAUAACUCCAGAUUUCAGAGAGGAAGAUGGAUCCACAAAUUAUGAAAAGCACCCAAGACAGCUUGGGAAAAAUUAUCAAGAAACCACCGCUCACAGACAAACUGCUCAGUAAACCACCAUUCCGAUUUCUUCAUGACAUUAUGACAUCGGUGAUAAAGACUACAGGAUUUAUGAAGGGUCUCUAUACAGAAUCGGAAAUGAAUUCAGAAAAUGUGAAGGACAAAGACGGCAAAAUGGCAUUUCUCCAGAAAGCAGUGGAUAUGGUUUCCCUUGUUCUUGGUGUUCAACUGAGUGUCCGACCAUCUAAGGUUGUGGCUGGUCAUGAACCAGAAAAAACUAAUGAGUUUCUCCAGGCUUUGGCUGCAGCCAUCAACAAGAAUGUCAACAGCGAUGACUAUGUUCAAAGAGUACUAAAUGGUGAUAAAGGUUCCAAAUCAAAGGAUGAAAAGAAAGAAAGGAAAAGUCGAGAAAAAGGUGACAAAGAGGAGAAAAAGUCCAGGGAAAGGAGUUCUGAUAAAAGAAAAGAGGAAAAAGACAGCCAAGAGAAGGAAGAGAGAAGGGAAAGAAGUCGUGACAAAGACAGAGGUCGAGAAGAGAAGGACAAGCACAGAGACAAGGAUAGGGACAAGGAAAAACAUCAGGAAAAAGAUAAAGAUCGUGAAAGGGAGAAAAAGAGGGACAAAGAUCGUGACGGAGAGAAAGAUAGAGAGAAGGACAGAUCUAAAGACACAGAAAAAAAUGGAGAAAAAGAUAAAGAUCGUCACAAGGAUCGUGAUCACAAAGACAGAGAGCGGGAACAUAAGUCAAAAAAGGAGGAUGAGUCCCCCUCUAGUCCAGGGGCUUCGUUUGACAGGACAAUAGGCAUAAAAAGUAGGCUGAAAUCUCGUCCCUCAGAGGAAAAUGUAGACAUGGUUACCAGUACAGAGGUGGAACGCUCUAGCAGUGGCUCUCACCAGAAAUUAAAUGAGUCACCAGCUAAACGGCAUUCCAGCGGUACCAAACUUGACCUUAGAAAUUCCAGAAGUAACCUGUACCAAAAAGACAGACGAGCCAACCUACCCCACCAGAAUGCGUCCAGUAAAGACAAGGGGAAGAAAAAGACUAGCAGUUCCACAGAUAAAGAUGCCAAACCAUCUAACGAUCUGUUAGGUGAGGCAGUGAAAGCUGAUAAUGUCUCCUCUGCUGCCAAGGUGGAUGGUAUGCAGAAGAAGCCCAUCAACAUGCUGAUGACAGAGCAGAACCAGCCUCUAAAGGAGCAUCGUAGAGAGGAGGCUCAGAAAGAGAAUGAGUCCCCUGAGCUGGAGACCCCUACAAUCAAUGGGGAAACAGGGGAGACUGCAGAUCCUCCAACAAAGAGGGCAGAGCGGCCGACAUCAGCAAAGGGCUCUCGGAGAAGAAGAGAUGGCACUUUAAUAGACUCGAGUGAUGAAGAGGACAUACCAUCCAACCAGCUAAAGCAGGAAUCCACUGGGGGUGGGGCACUGGGGGAAGAUGACCUUCCACCACAGGUGGCUGAAGCAAGGAAAUUGGCAAGACCAAGUAGUGCCAGGCCUGCAGCCCCUAGAGUCAAGAAUAAGGAUGCUCUCACAGAUGAACCUGCCAUGAGGUUAGGAAGUGGCAAACCGACAAAUGUUAUCCUGGACAACGACCAGUCAGAUGAUGAUGAUAACUUCAUGGUGGAGGAGUCUGCUCCACCCCCGCUUCCACUGGAGAGAGAAAAGACAAUGCUUGGGGUGGAAAAUGAUGAAGAGCAUGGUGGCUUAGUGAAGAAAAUACUGGAGAGCAAGAAGGAAUUUGAAGGAGGAAACCAACAGACUUCAGCACCUCAGAAGAAAGUAGAAAUAGAGCGACCAACAAUGUCUGAUGCAGCACGGAGAAAGGAGCGUGAAAUGGUUCAGAAGGAAAUUGACAAGCUGCGUGGGAGUAUUCAAACUGUUACAAGGAGUGCUAAUCCAUUGGGGAAAAUUAUGGACUAUGUGCAGGAAGAUUUAGACGCUAUGCAGAAAGAGUUGGACAUGUGGAAAAAAGAAAAUAAAGAACAGAGCUUAGCACUGAAGCGAGAACAGAGCAUAACAGAUAAGGCCAUAGAACCUCUUAAAGCUCAGCUAUCAGAGAUUGACCAGGCUAUCGUUGACCAGAUGGAUCUUAUAGCUGCUGUCAAGAGUAACAUCAUUUCCAACGACCAGAAAAUAGAGAAAAUGUUACGUAGUAUCAGCAAGUCUUGAGUGUUGCUUAUGCUACAUUUUACAGUGUGUGUGAUGCUUGUCCAGUAUUCCUUUUGUAUGAAGGAAAAUACCAUUUCUGAUCAAUGAUCCAGCAGAUACUAGGUGCAUUUGACACAUUACUGAAUCUGUAUUAAUGGCCAGAAUUCCUUCUGUGUGAAGGAAAGAUCAUUUCAGUGACCCAACAGAUACUAGGUGCAUUUGACACAUUACUGAAUCUGUAUUUGAGGCCUUAAACAAACUCAUGAGGUUAAGGUCAUUGCAUUGGUGUCAUGUAAUACACUGGCUAUGCAAUUAUCCAAGAUCAGAUGGAGUAUAACAUCUGAUGUUUCGGCAAAUAACUUGAAAUCUUGGCAAACCUCAAGUCAACCAGAUGGAAAACUGAAAUUUGGCCACACAACUGGUAUGAUUGGCACUAAAAUCACACUACUGUUGCUGAAAUCACACAAAGGCUGCUCAUACUGGGGUGUGUUUGCUAAGAAAAAAAAUCCAUUGUUCUUUUAAAGUGUCGAUGUAUUAGUAAUUUCUAUUCUUUCUCAUAUACGUAACAUAUCAAAUUUUUCUUGUUGUGCAUGUGUAUUACUAGGAGGGAAGGGGGCUAAUAUACUAUGGUGAGCACCUCCCAGUAAGUUCCUUGCUUGUGAUGUUAUGAUUACUCCGAAAGUUCCAACAUAUCUGAUCAAGAGAGAUCUUGCAUUUGCCUUAAUACUGAUUUUCGAAGAGGAAUCAUGUCCACUCCAUGUAAAAAGAACAGCCAGUAUUUGUACCCAUCAUAACAAUCUUCCCUUAAUCUGAGCUUUAUUUACAAGCUAAUAUUAAGGAUCAAUAUUCAGGAUUAAAUCCUUUCGUUAACUUUUAUAUGGUGUAUAUAUUUACAUAUAUAUAUGUCUGUUACAAAGCUGUAUAUAAUUUGAAGUAUUCAGGUUAAAUGUUAAGUAAAAAUUCCUAAGGUUUUGUCAGUGAAAGAUCCUUUUUUCAUUUGAAGUGUAUGAAGCAGAGAUUUGAUAUUAUCACCUUAAAUGUGUUUUUGCUGUUCAAAGAUCUUUUUCUGACAGUGUAAUCAGUACUGAGACUGCUUUGGCCUGUGUCAUGUCAGAUUGUCAAUAACAUUAGUCUGUAGUUAGCAUGAACUACUUACCCUGAGUUACCUGUGUCAUUUUUUGGAUCACUGGAUCAUUGUGUCAAAUUACUGGUACCUGUAGCUCUGUAUUCUAGCCAUUGUUAUAUUAUUAUUAAUAAUUGUGUACGCUUAAAUGGCAAACUGUGAAAAGUAGAUCUGAGAAAGGAUCACUCAUUAUUCAUUUGCACUUAUUUUGCCAAACCAGGUAACUCCUGUUAACACUGUAAAAUUAUUUAUCAGCCCUAAUUUAUUUUGUUUGAACAUGAUGUGUUAUGUGCUUAUGUUUGUACACUCAGGAUGUCAUGCAUGACAGUGCUUGUAUCAUGCUGUUGUGGGACCAAUCAUUUAUUAAAACUACCAAAACAUAAAAUGCCGUAUCUUUUAUUAAGACAUACCGUACUUUAUUUAUAUACACUGUAGUGAUGUUGCUAAGACCCAUGUCCGUGACCUACUAUGUAGAUUUUUAUUUAUUUGCCUGCUUAUACAACAAUUUACUAAGUUAAAGCUUCCUGUUUUUUUUAGUAUAUAAUUGCCAUAAUAUUGAUUUCAAACAGGGGGAAGGUAAGAAAAAAAAUUAAGCAUUUGUUGCUGAUAAUUAGUUUUUUUAGUUUGCGCAAUAUAUGUACAUGGCUGUCCCAAGUUUAUCAGUGUAUAUUUUUGUAACUUGUCAUUUUCAGGUUAUAUAUUGUUUGUUACUCAUUGUUAGAUUAAACUCCGUCCAUUUUUCAGUCCGAAGUAAAAAAAAAA